GUCACGGGACUUCCGGUUUAUAGUUUGGUCGCCAUAUUGGAUGGGUGAAGGUUGCCGCAAGUAGAGCGUGAAGUAUAGAUUUUAUCGAGGUCAUGGGUGUUCAUUGUACGAUCAUUGGCUGUUCCAACGAGAGUGGGCGGUGUCAAGCUUCCUUCUUUCGACUUCCAGCUGUAAUCACAAACCAGGGCGAGAAAACUGAAGAGUUGUCCACAAAAAGACGAAGACUAUGGCUAUCCAGGAUCAGCAGGGCAGAUCUAACCCAGAAGUCAUACCCCUAUGUUAGGGUGUGUUCAGAGCACUUUGUCAAUGGAAAGCCAUCAUCUCUCUACCCAGAAGUCAGUAUAGACUGGGUACCUUCUCUGAAGCUGGGCCACCACAAAGUAACAACUCUGACUUUGCCAACCCCUCUACGUGGUACCAGAAUCAAGCAACGAGAGGAAAAGAAGAAGAAUGUUGUAGCUGCACACUCACUUCUUCAACUUUUCAACCAGUGUCGACAAGAUGAAGUGCAGGUUACAGAUGUUACAACACAGGAUCACCCUGAGGUAACAAGUGACUGUGUCCAACAUGUACAGACAGAACUGUCUUCUAGUGCAAUAAGUGCUAUAGAAAGUGAUUAUAACAGAAUCACAGUGGAGAAUGUUGAACUAAAACAGAAACUUGCAAACAUGACAAUUACUGAAGAAGGGUUACAGGGAAAUGAUGACAGGGUUAAAAUGUUGACUGGAAUCGCCACAUUCCAAAUUCUCAUGACAUUAUUUACUUUCUUGGAAACAUCACUUCAUUCAACCCACAGCAGUGCUCUCACCAAGUUUCAGCAGAUGAUGGUUGUCCUUAUCAGACUGAAGUUAGCCUUCCCGUGUCAUUAUUUGGCUGAAAUGUUUCAAGUUUCCCCCAGCACCAUCAGCAAGGUAUUUUUGAAUUGUUUAAAUGUGAUGUUUGUGAAAACGAAACCACUGAUCUACUGGCCACAAAGGGAGGAGCUACAGGAAACCAUGCCCAUGGCGUUUCGGAAGCACUUUGGACUUCGUGCAGCUGUCAUUAUCGAUUGCUUUGAAAUCUUCAUUGAAAGACCCUCUGGCUUGAAAGCACGUGCCCAAACAUGGUCAAACUACAAACACCAUAACACUGCUAAGUACCUGAUAGGCAUCACACCACAGGGGUCCAUCAGCUUCAUCAGUGAUGGAUAUGGUGGAAGAGCUUCAGACAAGUUCAUAACAAACUCAUGUGGUUUCCUGGAUAAACUGGUUUAUGGAGACAUAGUUGUUGCAGAUAGAGGUUUUGACAUUGCUGAGAGUGUUGCACAAGCUGGUUGUGAAUUGAAGAUUCCUGCUUUCACCAGAGGGAAACCACAACUGUCAGCAGUAGACAUUGAAAGUACCAGGAAACUGGCACAUGUUAGGAUUCAUGUUGAGCGUGUAAUAGGUCUACUUCGAAACAAGUUUGAAAUUCUCCACAAAACGAUUCCAAUUGAUUUCCUUGCAUCAUCAGACAAUUCAAUACCCACCCUUGACAAAAUUGUGACAGUAUGUUGCGCUCUGACAAAUUUAUCCAAAUCUGUUGUGCCUUUUGAUUAGUUAUUUUUGUGUUACACUACGUACUUCUGCAUGUGUAAAUUAUAUGUAAGCAAUAAUUGACCGUGACAGAAGGUUAUAUAAUUAUUUGCUGUCUUUGAUACUGAUUAGAUGUACAUGUAUGUGUAUCCAAAACUUAAACUUAUAACAGUUCUUUAUCAUAAGUGAAUGUUUUAUGAAAAGCCAGUUUUGUUAUGCUAUGUAUGAUAUAAUGGAUGAUGCCCACUCAAGCAAUAGCUUCAGUGAUGUUUUAAUUACAUAUAUUUGAAUCCUGGAGUGAAAAUAGAAAUAUAUAGUUUUUCAGUUCACGUCAGAUAUAGCACCUACUGUGUAUUUAUAUGUGUACAAAUUCAUACCUCCAGGACCCUGAUGUUGACAGUCUGAAAAUUAAACUGUGAAGUGAUAAUGAAGAUGCUUUU